UAUUAAAAAUGGCGGCGGACGGUGACGAAGUGAUAAGUGAUCAGGAAAAAGUUAGAAUUGUAUCAGAUUUUAUUCUCCAUUCACCACCUGGUGAGUUCAACGAGGUAUUUAACGAUGUCAGAGUCCUUCUGAACAACGAUAGUCUUUUGAAGGAAGGUGCCAGCGGUGCAUUUGCGUCAUACAACAAGGACCAGCUCACGCCCGUUCGCCUAGAAGGCUCCGAACUCCAUACAUUAAUAACCGAUCAUAAUGAGCUCGGCGGCGGUAGAUUCUUCGAUCCACGCUCUAAACGUUCGUUUAAGUACGAUCACUUGCGCAAGGAGGCGUCCGAAUAUGAACCGUAUGAGCCAGAUAGAGUAGCGGAGCCCUGGCGGGCUGCACUCGACGAAGAGCUGACGGCGUACGUGGCCGCUCACUACAAACACGGUUCUAGCUUAGUAGUGGGUCGGGCGCUCGAGUCUGGAGCGGUUUCACUCGUCGCAUGUAUCGAAGAUCACCAAUUCCAGCCGAAGAACUAUUGGAACGGUAGAUGGCGUUCUCUGUGGUCGCUCACCGUCGGCAGCGGCCCCGCGGAACUGCGGGGUAUGCUCCGCGUGCAGGUGCAUUACUACGAAGACGGGAAUGUGCAGUUGGUUAGCUCUAAGGAGGUGCGAGCGCCUCUCGUGGCUACAGGGGAGGCGGCGACCGCCAAGGAGUUCGUCCGUGUUGUGUGUGAUGCAGAGAAUGCAUACCAGACGGCUAUCUCGGACAACUACAAGACAAUGAGUGACACAACCUUCAAGGCUCUCCGGCGACAGCUGCCGGUGACCCGCAGCAAGAUCGACUGGGCGCGGCUGGUCUCCUAUACGAUCGGUAAGGAGCUGAAGAGCCAAUGAUGUCCUGCCGCUGCGCUCUGAGCCGCAGCGGCUGCUCCAUGCCUCUGUACAUAUUCGCGUAAGAAUCUUGUUCAAAUGUAUAUGGUCACCGGGGGUGUCCUGUCUCCCGGCGCGUAUUUAUCUAUGAAUAUAUAGAGAUAUCGCUAUCUUAACUGUUGAAUUUUAUUGCGUUUUGUUACUCUCCGUAUAGAAGGGUUACUGGCAAGCAUGCAGCACUUUAAAUUGGCCCAUGAUUGGAUUACAAUUAUGUUUUUGGGCAACAAUCAAUCAACUGUCCAUUUUCGUUGGUAGCACUGUACAGGAUACGUCGUAUGUAGGUGUGGAACUGCUUAGAGCAGUAUCUCAUUAGCUCUGUAGGACUGACUGAGACAUUACGUCUGAAAUUCAUUAAUUUAUUUCCUUUCCAAGAAUGAUUGAUUGUUGUGUAAGCAAUAUAAAGUUAUUUGAUUGAAAAAUAUGCAUGUCAAUUAAAAAAAGUUAAAUGAAAUCUAUUUUAUUUAUUGUCAUAAUGUAUGAUUGAUCAUACAUGUAGAAUACUCGGGGACAGUCUCUCCACAUCCACACCGUUGCAUGUAGAGUGAUCAGUAUUAUUUACAUUGUCAUUGAGUAUUGCUUGCAUAACCAUGUUAUGUGUAAACAGGACUGGACGGGCAAGGUCCCAAAUGGUGCAUUUAAAUUGUAGUUAAUUUAAUGAAUUGUCCACGUAGCUUUAACGCGACGUUUAUGAGCAUAUAGCACAAUAUAUUCAUGAAUAUUAUAAUACAAUUUGUAAACAGAGAUACUAUGUAAUGCGGAGUGUUGCUCAAACGUUUGGUAUGUUGAAACAGAGGAGAAACGAAGUUACUGUCCAUACAUUAUGGCUAGAGAAUGCGAGUGGUAAUGUAACAAUUUUUUUUUAUAUAAUAUAAUAAUUAUUAGCUUCUAUAAGUUUAUUUUGUAAUUAUUAUAAUUAUUUUUAAUAAAGAACAUACAUUAAAAAUUAAAGU